AUGCAAGAGAUCAACAGAACUACCCUGAUGCCAACCUCCUUCAUCCUAAAUGGGAUUCCAGGAUUAGAGGACAAGCAUGGUUGGAUCUCCCUUCCAUUCUGUUCCAUGUACGUGGUAGCCAUAGUAGGAAACUGUGGUCUCAUCUACCUCAUCUGCUAUGAGGAUACACUGCAUCGACCUAUGUACUAUUUCUUGGCCAUGCUCUCCUUGACUGAUAUUAUUAUCUGCACCACUACCCUCCCCAAUGCAUUCUGUAUCUUCUGGUUCAAUCUCAAAGUAAUCAACUUCAAUGCCUGUCUGGUACAGAUGUUCUUUGUCCACACAUUCACUGCAAUGGAAUCUGGGGUCCUCAUGCUCAUGGCUCUGGAUCGAUAUGUGGCCAUCUGCUACCCCCUAAGAUAUACUACUAUUCUUACCAACUCUAUCAUCACCAAAGCUGGGAUCAUUACUUUAUUUCGGAGUAUGAUGCUCAUCAUUCCCUUUCUUUUCCUGAUCAAGAGGCUGCCCUACUGUCGUGGUAACACCAUCUCCCACACUUAUUGUGACCAUAUGUCUGUAGCUAAAGUUUCAUGUGGUAACAUCAAGAUCAAUGCUGUUUAUGGUCUCAUGGUUGCCCUCCUAAUUGGAGGUUUUGACAUCAUGUGUAUUACAGUCUCCUACACCAUGAUACUCCGGGCCGUUGUCAGCCUGUCAUCAGCAGAUGCUCGACAGAAAGCAUUUGGGACAUGCACAGCUCACAUCUGUGCCAUUGUCUUUUCAUAUACUCCUGCUUUCUUCUCCUUUUUUACCCAUCGUUUUGGGGGCCAUAGUAUUUCCCCUUCAAUCCAUAUCAUUGUAUCCAACCUCUACCUGGUCCUACCCCCAACUAUGAACCCUAUUGUUUAUGGUGUGAAAACGAAGCAAAUCCAAGAGUGUGUCCUAAGAUUCUUUUCAAGAUCCAAGAAUAAAUCUCAUGGCAUUUCAUAG